CCCCGUUCAGCUUUUAUCUUCUCAGACUCUAUUUACCAAGUUUCCAUACUUUUGCUGUUCUUGGUGUAAUAGUUCAUACCCACAUGGCGGAAACCCCAGCUUCAGGUGGUGUGAAAGACCUGGAGGCAAGCAGUUCACUAGUUGUAUGUUUUGGCGAAAUAUUGAUUGAUUUUGUGCCUUUAGUUUCUGGAGUCUCACUUUCGGAAGCACCCGUCUUUGAGAAAGCUCCCGGUGGUGCUCCUGCUAACGUUGCUGUCAGUAUCUCAAGAUUGGGAGGUUCUUCGGCAUUUAUAGGCAAAGUGGGUGAUGACCCGUUUGGUCACAUGUUGGCUGACAUUUUGAAGAACAACAAAGUGAACAACUCUGGCAUGCGGUUCGACCACAAGGCAAAAACAGCAUUGGCUUUCGUUAGUCUCAAAUCUGAUGGGGAGAGGGAGUUUCUAUUCUUUCGUAAUCCUAGUGCAGAUAUGCUUCUUCAAGAGUCAGAACUUGAUGUUAAGCUUAUUAAACAGGCGAAGAUAUUCCAUUUUGGUUCAAUCAGUUUGAUAAAUGAGCCAUGUAAAUCAGCACAUCUAGCUGCAAUGGCGAUAGCCAAGAAAUGCGGUAGCAUUCUUACUUAUGAUGUGAAUUUGAGAUUGCCAUUAUGGCCAUCGGAAGAUGCUGCUCGAAAGGGCAUAAUGGGCAUAUGGGACCAAGCAGAUGUCAUUAAGGUAAGUGAGGACGAAAUUACGUUCUUGACCGGGAGUGACGAUCCUUAUGAUGAUAGUGUGGUGUUGAAUCAACUUUUUCAUCCCAAUUUGAAACUAUUACUUGUUAGUGAAGGAGCAAAAGGUUGCAGAUAUUACACUAAGCAAUUUAAGGGUAGAGUUGGUGGUGUGAAAGUGAAGUCUAUUGACACCACUGGUGCUGGAGAUGCUUUUGUUGGUGGGAUUUUGAGCAUCUUGGCUUCAGAUUUAAAUCUGUAUGAGGAUGAGAAACGACUAAGAGAAGCUCUCGUUUUUGCUAAUGCGUGUGGAGCCUUGGUUGUAACCAAGAAAGGUGCGAUACCUGCUAUGCCGACGAGAGAGGAAGUCCGCCAAAUUCUGAAACAAGAAGGCCGAGGACUGACCGGUUGAUGUUUCUUGAUGUUCUCUCUUUUAUGAUCCGUGUCGAUUCGAGUAUAAUCUAAGGCGACAUGUUUGUCGAUAAGUCUUUGUACAAAUAGUUAAAAUGUAACAACAAUACUUGUAAUUGUUUGUGGAAAUAGCACAGUUUACCUGUGACGACUUUAAGUCUUU